ACUUCGUCGCUUCACAAAUGGGAAUAGCAGAUAUCUUUCUUCAGCCCGGCGGAGGCUUCGCGUCCCUGCUGGCGGCCACCUUCAUCCUGCUGCUUGUCUACGCGCUCUCGUCCGCUUUGAGCUCGGAUGAAACUGCCAACGAGCCUCCGGGCCCGAGACCGCUUCCCGUGUUAGGGAACCUCCUGCAGCUGGACCUCAAGCGACCCUACAAGACCCUGGUGGAGAUGUCCAAGAAGUAUGGGCCGGUGUUCACCGUCUACCUUGGCUCGAAGAAGGUGGUGGUUCUGGCUGGCUACAAGGCGGUAAAGGAAGCGCUGGUAAACCACGCUGAAGAGUUUGGAGACAGGGAUAUCUUACGCAUAGUGAAGCAGUACAACGACGGACACGGCGUCAUAUGGAGCAACGGGGAGUCAUGGAAGGAGAUGCGGCGCUUCACUUUGACCAACCUCAGAGAUUUCGGGAUGGGAAAGAAGGCAUGCGAGGACAAAAUCAUUGAGGAGUGCCAGCACCUCUUGGAAGUCUUUCGGAACUUCAGAGGCGAAGCCUUCGACACCACGCAGCCAAUCAACUACGCCGUCUCCAACAUCAUCUGCUCCAUCGUGUACGGGAACAGGUUCGACUACAAGGAUCCAGAGUUCAACGCCAUGGUGGAUGGUAUGAACCGGAAAAUCCAGCUGGUGGGCUCACCGUCUGCCCAGGUAUACAACUUGUUCCCAUGGCUCGGCAAGAGACUGUCACAGAACAAGGAAUUCUUCAAACUGACAGCUGACUACGGGAGAAAGAAUCUGGAGAUAUUCAGCCGACUGAGGGAAAGCCUCAAUCCACUCGCGUGCAGAAGCCUGGUGGAAUCCUUCUUUGUCCGAAAGCAACACUUGGAGGAGAGCGGGAUCACCAACAGUUACUUCCAUGAUGAAAAUCUGAUGUGGACAGUUCAGAACCUUUUUGCUGCUGGCACGGACACCACAGCUGCCACACUUAGGUGGUCUCUUCUCCUCAUGGCCAAGUAUCCUGAUAUCCAAGAAAAGGUCCAUGAGGAGCUGAGCAGAGUGAUCGGGGAUCGUCAGGUCCACGUAGAAGACCGCAAGAACUUGCCCUUCACAGACGCUGUCAUCCACGAGACACAAAGGCUGGCCAACAUUGCACCCAUAGCCAUCCCUCAUCGGACCAGCCAGGACGUCACUUUCCGAGGGUACUUUAUCAAGAAGGAAACAACCGUCUACGUCCUCCUCACAUCAGUCCUCCACGACGAAAGCGAGUGGGAGAAGCCGCACUCCUUCCAUCCCGACCACUUCCUUGACAAAGAUGGGAAAUUUGUCAAGAAUGACGCCUUCAUGCCCUUCUCAGCAGGUCGCAGGGCUUGUCUAGGAGAGAGUCUGGCCCGCAUGGAGCUGUUUCUCUUCUUCGUCACGUUGCUGCAACAUUUCAACUUCAGACCUCCCCUUGGGGUCUCCGAGAACCACCUGGACCUGACCCCUCGUGUGGGCUUCACACUCAGCCCGACCAAACACAUGCUGAGGGCGCUUUGACUGCACGUGAGCGCACACUUUCAACUGAAGAAGACGCAAGUUGGCUUUUCAAGUGCAUUUAAUAAACAAGUCAAGGUGAAAUACACAGACAUUGCUAUUUCAAACUAAUCGGGAUUCAAACACAACAAGACAAGACAAGGAGACGAUAAAGAGGAAGUGAUGUCUAGUUUUGUUGAUUUGUUAAUCCCAUCAGGAAAUGGGCUGUGACUGACUAUUGACAUUCAAAAUAAAAAGUUGUCAAGCGGCUAAUUCGGGAAAAUCCAUUGGUGAUUAACAGCCUAAAUCAUCAUUUGGUUCUAUGCGCAGCAUAUAAUCACAUUAAAGGCUUUUGAUUUGAUUGAUUUUGAUCAGUUAUGUUUUCAAUUACAUUCUUGUUGGUUUAGAAUUUUUUUUCCCCUGCUACAUCAUUUGAAUGGGGGGUGGGGGGGAAUUCUGUAAUCUGGUGGACAAACGUGAAUAUUUCAAGGCAGUUUUCAAAAUAUGACGUUUUUGGUGACGCAAACGUUUAAAAAUAUACAGUAUGACAAUGAGUAAAUGAAACCCCAUCCAUCCAUCCAUCCAUCCAUUUUUAUAGUCGCUUAUCCUCACAAGGGUCGCGGAGGCAGGGUACACCCUGAACUGGUUACCAGCCAAUCGCAGGGCACAUGGAGACAGAUAACAGUGGCACUCACAAUCACACCUAGGGGCAAUUUUCCAAUUAAUGUUGUAUGUUUUUGACAUGUGGGAGGAAACCAGAGUGCCCGGAGAAAACCCACGCAGGCACAGGGAGAACAUGCAAACUCCACACAGGGAGGGCCGGGAUUGAACCAGUGUCCUCAGAACUGUGAGGCCAACGCUUUCCAUCAGAGCCAGCGUGCCACCUAAAUGAAACCCAAAAGUGUAAAUUGGACUUUUUUUUUUUUUUUUUUUAAAAUCGGACAUUUUUUGUCAGUUAUAGAAAAAUGAAACAUAGAACAUUUCAUUGUUGGUUGCUAACGCAGAAAAACACGGGAAAGGCGAGGAUGGCGUUUUUUUUUCUUCCAAGUCAAACUUGACGGACAGUUUGCCUGCUUUACUUUACCUCAUCAUAGGCAAAAAAAAAACAUGAUAAUACCUGUAUUCCCACAGCUCAGAUAUGUAAUAAUAUGUAUGCAUUAAAAAGAUGCGAGACGAGCAGUGUCAAACACAUGGCCUGUGGGCCAGAACCGGCCACUCAGGGGGUCCAAUCUGGCCCAUGGGGAUGGAGAACACAUUCAAUGCUAUUUUUUUUUUCAUAAACUGCUACAUCUUAAGUUGUUAUGUAUACAUUCACAAAAGGAUGCAUAGCUGAAUGUGGCACGCUCAGUGAUUCAUAAAACUGUUCAAAUCAUUUUGGGUAAAAAAAAAAAAAAU